AUGUCUAACGACUUCGCCCUGGCACAGCAGCGGCUUGCUGUGCGGAGACAGGCACGAGAACGAGAAGCGCAAUCCCGAAUUGCUGCCCAACAAGAAGCUUCACGAGCCGCACAGCAGCUGAGGCGCCUACCAUAUCCCUUUUCACGUCUCGGUCAACCUGGAUUGACGGCAUGGGAUAGCAUAAGAGGUAGAGAAGGCACUCGCCCUGCUUUCAGGGUUGGACAGGUGGAUACGGAGCUCUUGGAUGAGGAGCUUCUUGAUUUGCUGAAGGGGCAGGUGGGGGAAGCUUUGAAGUAUUUUGGAUCGCAUCUCCAAGAUGACUGGUCUGCAGAGAUUAUGCUUGGUCUGCGAGCUGUACUAUUCAAACUUACGAUAUGGGAUCAUAACGCAACAUACGGCGCCGCGUUGCAGAAUUUGAGGUUCACGGAUGCGAGGAAACCAGGCGCGGUUCUGGUUUCGCCCUCUAAGUGGCAGAAGGGGUUAUAUGGGUUGUUUACAGUGGGAGGCAAAUAUGCUUGGACGAGAUGGGAAGACUGGUUGGUGGAGAACGAUAAUGGCUAUGACGAGCUAAGUCCAACGCUUCGAAGGUUAUCUCGACUAUCGGAUAUAACAUCGACCAUACAUUCCACCGCGGCAUUUGCUUCAUUUUUGGUAUUCCUUGUCAAUGGAAGGUACCGGACAUUGCUAGACAGGAUAUUGAGGCUACGCCUGGCUCCCCCAACCAGUCAAGUUAGCCGGGAAGUGUCAUUCGAGUACCUGAACCGACAAUUGGUCUGGCAUGCUUUCACAGAGUUCUUACUCUUUGUUUUACCACUUGUUGGUAUAAGCAGAUGGAGACGAUGGCUCGCACGAGCUUGGCGAAAGACCAAGUCGGUAAUACGCAGUGAUGGCGAGGAUGAAAGCGACGUCAAAGCCGGAGAAUUUGCUUUCCUGCCAGAAAGAACAUGUGCCAUAUGUUAUCAGGACCAAAACUCUACAAGCACAUCGGAAGCCGAGAUUGUGGCUGCUGCUGGUGCUUCUGGAGUUAUUGGCUCUGCGCAAACUGAUAUCACGAAUCCAUACGAGACCAUACCUUGCGGCUGUAUAUACUGCUUCGUAUGCUUAGCCAGCCGCUUGGAGGCAGAAGAGGGGCAAGGAUGGACGUGUUUAAGGUGCGGAGAAGAUGUCAAAGAAUGCAAGCCUUGGACUGGGGAUGUUAUCGAGGAGGUGAGCAAGCCUUCGACUACUUCAAAAACAGUCGGAUUUUCGGAUGAACCAAGUGAAAUGGCCGAAAUUGAACCACAUCCGGAGGAAGAUCAAAAAUCUAAAGAGGGCACAGAAAAUUCUGUCGAUAGCGAUGGCUCUUCUGUGUCAGAUGAUGCUUCUCAACUGGGAGAUACCGAGGCUUACGACGAGGAAGAGGAAGGCUUCAUGGAGGAUGAUGAUGAAUGA